CUUUUCUUUUUUUUUUCCUCAUUAUUACUGCUAACCAAUUCAUUUCCAGAGUUUGCACUUAAGAAGCAAUGGAAAAAAUCAACAGUCUUUCAACACAAUUAUUUAAGUGCUGCUUUUGUGAUUUCUUGAAGGUGAAGAUGCACACUGUGUCCUACGUUCAUCUCUUCUACUUUGGCCUGUGUUUGCUUACGUUAACCAGUCCCUCUGCUGUUGCUGGCCAUGAGACGCUUUGUGGAGCUGAGCUGGUUGACGCUCUUCAGUUUGUGUGUGGAGAAAGAGGUUUUUAUUUCAGUAAACCAGCAGGGUAUGGGAGCAACAGGCGUGUAAAUCCCACCAAAGGAAUAGUGGAUGAAUGCUGUUUCCAGAGCUGCGACCUGAAGCGGCUGGAGAUGUACUGUGCACCUGCCAAACCACCAAAAUCGGCACGGUCUGUACGUGCGCAGCGCCAUACUGAUAUGCCUAAAGCACAAAAGGAAGUGCAUUUGAAGAACACAAGUAGGGGAAGCACAGGAAACAGAAACUACAGAAUCCCAAUCCCCAAAGCGCUCCGCCGGCACAAGCCCCAUUGAGGACUGGAGCCUUAAGCAAGGAGCUUGCCUGCAACAAACUUACACAAACUUAAAAGCUUCCUUUUACAAUACAGUAAAUGAGAACAACUUUUACUUUGAGGUAUGACAGAGGGACUGUCAAAACCCAAGUGAUUACCUGAGGGAAAACCAAUUGCGACCCAAGGAGAGCUGUGAAGCAACUGAAGCAGCCGUCUGGUACCUCUGAGCAAGUUUUUCUGCAGAUAUCUGCCAGCCAAACACAAGAUUUCUUAGUGAUAAUGUGUUGGGUUUUUUUUUAAAAAAAAAUCAGAAUGUGGUAAGGUAUGCUAUGGCAGUCCUGGGAGGCUUUGGAAUUGUACACACUUUUUGCCCAUGCAACCUCAGAGGCUAAGAUUACCAAAAUUGCUUUCAAACUCAUAGUGGCGUCUGCCUGUGUCCAACAGAAUCUACUCUUAAAAGCCAACUGGACUGGCUGAUAUCUGGAUGCAUGACUUCCUACAAAUCUGUGAUGUUGUAGGUAGCCCUCUAACUUAUUGAUAAUUCUACACUGAACUACAAAAAACCCUAAAUGCUGAAAUUAAUGUCUACAUUGUUUUCCAGAGAAACUGUUUUCAGAGAAAAAUAUGAAUGUGCCCCUUAUUUUUAAAGCCAUCAGUCUGAUCAUUACCAGUGUUGAGAAGUAAUUGGAUUGCAUGGAAGCAUUUGCAAUCUUCAAAAAAAACCACCACAAGGCCACUGUUUUUAAUGGUAUAAUAGGGCAGUAAUGAAGGGGCACAUUUGCUCAUGUUGGCACAAGUCCUGCUAAGGUGAAUGGGCAAUGCACUAUCAUAACGCUUUGUAGGUUGGGCUGUAAAUGACUGGAUUUGUACUGUGCUUAGCUUUCCCUUUGAUACUGGAAAAUGAAAAUUGUCAUGACUUGAUGACAGACAAUAUUUCAUACUGUGUAUGUAACAUCACUGUGUUGCAGAACUCCCACCCAACACUAUACCAAAUACUUCGACAAUAUUGUUCAACCAGUUAUUCUCCCCAUAUAGCACAUGCAGGCUUUCCACAGACCCACAGCAAAGCUAAGCAUCUUAAUACUGACCAAAAGAAAAGCAAACCCUGAUAGAUCAACAGGCUACUCAGAAUCAUUUAGCCAGGUUCCCCACUCUGUACAACCUGUCCAACAUGGUAAACAUUGUUUCAUAAACAAUUGUGUAUUUGUGCUUCCUAAAUGCCACUUCAUAUGUCUUCAUCCUGAUAAAUCCAAAAGAUCUCAAGCGUUAGCUGUCAGGAUUCUUUCAAAAAUAAACAAUUACAUUGACAACAGAAAAAAAUAAGGGCUCUGUCAUACUGUAUUCAUAAAGGCUACCACAACCUUUGGUUUGUAGAAUGUACUGAAAUGUUUGUCAACCCUUCUUGGGAUCCAGUCCAUAAUGUGAAACAUUACUGUAAGAGGGUAUCUUUCUAAUGUAUUUGUAUGUAUAGUUUACACCUCUGUGAGGUCUAAUAAAGAG